UUGAGAGACAUUGUCUCAUUCUUGGAGACAUGCAGAGGCAAUGUCUCCCAGAAUGAGACACUGCGACCGACAGGAGUGCACAAUACACUCUUGUCGGUCAAACUUGCGUUAAGUUAUGAUGCGGAACAUUGUUCAUUCUGGAGACAUGCAGAGGCAAUGUCUCCCAGAAUGAGACACUGCGACCGACAGGAGUGCACAAAACACUCUUGUCGGUCAAAGUUUUGCAUCACAGUUCUGAUGGAGAAGAUUGUCUCAUUCUUGGAGACAUGCAGAGGCAAUGUCUCCCAGAAUGAGACACUGCGACCGACAGGAGUGCACAAUACACUCUUGUCGGUCAAACUUCCGCGUUAA